GCAAGUUUUAUGUCUUAGAGUAAGAAAACAAAGCUCAAGAGAAAAAUAUUAAUAUUUUGAUUUGUAGUAGGGCAACUCUAAUGGCACGGUUUGAGCCAUAUCAUUAUAACCAAAAUCCAGAGCUAAUAAAUUUGGACUCACCAGCUUCUACUCCUUCCAGAUUCAUGCUUUUCUCCGAUGGAGCUUUAGUUGAUGCCCAUCACAAUAAUUCUCACUUCUCACAAAAAUUAUUGCACGGUGAUUCGGGAAGAAAAGGCAAUAAAGGAGUGAGUGGGUCGAAGAGAAGAAGAAAGAGGUUGGAGGAGGAAAAAACCAUGAAAGAAGAUGAGACUCAUCAGAAGCCAAAAGAUGUUGUCCAUGUCCGAGCUAAGAGAGGUCAAGCUACUGAUAGCCACAGCUUGGCUGAAAGGGUACGAAGAGAGAGGAUUAAUGAAAGGCUGAAAUGCUUACAAGACCUUGUUCCAGGCUGCUACAAGACAAUGGGAAUGGCAGUGAUGCUUGAUGUCAUCAUAGAUUAUGUUCGAUCACUCCAGAAUCAAAUCGAGUUUUUGUCGACGAAACUCUCUGCGGCAAGUGCUUACUACGACCUUAAUUCUUUCGACAUUGAGCCAACGGAUAUAUUUCAGGGAGGGAACAUGUCUAGUGCUGAAGAGAUGGAAAGGAUUCUCAUUGGGACUCAGCCUCCUAAUUUCAGUUCAACAUUGCCCUUUUAAUCAUAGAAGUAUCAGAGAAAUUAUUCUCCUUCUCUAAGACUGAACUGAACUCUAUAAAUAAGGACUUAAUU